AUGUCGAUUAUACACAUUGUCAUGUUCCAGUUUGGUGAGAAUGCCACUCCAAAAGACAUUGAAGAGGCGUGUCAGCGGAUGCUUGCGUUGAAAGACGAGUGUCUUCACCCCGUCACGCAAAAGCCCUACAUCCAAAGAAUCUCAGGAGGCCUGGACAAUUCUCCGGAGGGAAAACAGGGAGGGAUAACUCAUGCUUUCGUCGCCGAGUUUUCUUCUGCUGAGGAUCGUGACUACUACAUUAAGGACGAUUCUACUCACAAGUUGUUUGCCCAAAGUCUGUCAGGGUUGGUGGCAAGAGCACAGGUUAUUGAUUUCACGCCGGGCGUGUUCUAG